AUGGCUACAGUAACAGCAGGAAAUACAACAACAAUAUCUUCAUCAGCAAAAAAGAAAAUUAUUUGGAUAUGGCAAUCAAAUUCCCAUCUGUGGAAUGAGAAUGAACAAGAAGAAUGGAAACAUUAUUCUGAUUUUGAGAUUCUAGUUAUUGAAGGAGCCUAUGCACAAAAGAGGGACAAUGUUGAAUUAGAAGAUUAUAUCAUUAACUUUGAGCAUAUGUUGAAAGUUAAUAAAGUAGAUUAUAUCACUAACUUUAAGGGUAUGUUGGAAGUUAGUAAAGUAGAUAGAUCCAAACAGAGACGAGUGAAGAGACAAGAGACAGAAAUUAGUCAGGAUUUAAGAGAAGAACGAUUUUGUUUUGCGGAAAAUCCUGUUAAAUCAUUUACAACAUCUGGUGGAGUGUGGUCUGAAUUUAUCGCUGAAUGGAUGAAGAAAAAUGAAGCAAUAAUUGAAGAAAAGAAAGAACAAUGGUCAGAAAUUGUUAAACAAGCUGCACAAGGUAUUUUCAAAGAAAGUAAAUCACUAAAUAAAGAGUUUGAAGGACAAUUAAUUUCAAAUGAAUUAAUGAAAGCUAAAGAUAAGGAGAGUCACACAAUUUUCGAAUGCUGUGUACAGCUUUAUUCAUGUGGAUGA